UCCUAUGGGACCAGUGAUAGCAAAACCUAUAAUUUCAAAAAGUGAACCAAAUUUACUACAAGUACAAGCAGCAAAAAAGACUAAAAGCAAAACAAAACGCGACGCGACGCUAGUCACCACCGCCACACGCUAACACGCCGCGAGUGACCAUCACCACGCGAGAUCAAGAGAGGAGGCCCGCGUGACGGUUUGCACGCAGAGCAAGGAGGCGGGUCACUACGAACAGGAUGAAAGAAUCAAGGACAAAGAAACAGCCUGAAGGUGAUUCUGAGAUUUCAGCAUGGGUUAGUAAAAGCCGCAAGUUAGAAAAGAAAAGAGCAUUGCAGCUCUCAAAGAUUUUUGAGGAGCAGGACAAAAUUGCAGUAGAGGGAAGUGAUGAUGAGGAUACAGCCCAACACACUGAAAACCUGGCGGGGCUGAAAGUUCUCCAUGGCCUUGAUAAAGUUAUGGAAGGCGGUACAGUAGUUUUAACAAUUAAAGAUCAGCCCAUACUUGCUGAUGGUGAUGUUAAUGAAGAGGUUGACAUGCUCGAGAACAUUGAAAUUGGAGAACAGAAACGACGAGACGACGCUUAUAAAGCUGCAAAAAAGAAAACUGGUGUAUAUGAUGAUAAGUUCAAUGACGAUCCCUCCUUGGAGAAGAAAAUGUUGCCACAGUAUGAUGAUCCAGCUGCAGAAGAGGGAGUAACUUUGGAUGAAAAGGGACGGUUCUCAGGUGAAGCUGAGAAGAAACUUGAAGAGCUGCGAAGAAGGUUAACAGGUGUUUCCACAAAUACCUUUGAAGAUCUUACUUCAUCUGGAAAGGUAUCAUCAGAUUACUAUACUCAUGAAGAAAUGCUAAAAUUUAAGAAGCCCAAGAAGAAAAAGUCCUUACGGAAGAAAGAUAAGCUAGACAUUAAUGCCCUUGAAGCUGAAGCUGUCUCUUCAGGAUUGGGUGUUGGUGACCUUGGUUCUCGGAACAAUGUGAGGAGGCAAGCUAUCAAAGAAGAGCAAGAAAGAUUGGAGUCUAAGAUAAGAAGUAAUGCUUACCAGUCUGCUUAUGCUAAAGCAGAGGAAGCCUCCAAAUUGCUGCGUCAGGAACAAACUCUCAAUGUUAAAACAGAGGAAGAUGAAACUCCAGCUUUUGUAGAUGAUGAUGAGGAUCUUCGUAAAUCCUUAGAGAAAGCAAGAAGAUUAGCUCUUAAAAAGCAUGAGGAAGAUGGGGUAUCUGGUCCUCAAGCUAUUGCGUUGCUUGCUACCUCAAAUCAUAAUAAUGAGACUGAUGGUCAAAACCCCACGGCUGGAGAGUCACGUGAAAACAAGGUGGUCUUCACAGAGAUGGAAGAAUUUGUCUGGGGUCUCCACAUUGAUGAAGAAGCACGUAAACCAGAAAGUGAAGAUGUUUUCAUGCAUGAUGAUGAAGAGGCUAUUGUUCCUGAUGAAGAAAAGACUAAUGAGGCUGGUGGAUGGACUGAAGUUCAAGAAACUAAUGAAGAUGAACAACCCAAUAAGGAAGACAAAGAGGAAAUCGUUCCUGAUGAAAAUAUCCAUGAAGUUGCUGUAGGGAAAGGAUUGUCAGGUGCUUUGAAACUGCUUAAAGAUCGAGGAACACUUAAGGAAAGCAUUGAAUGGGGUGGCAGAAAUAUGGACAAGAAGAAAAGUAAAUUGGUUGGAAUUGUAGAUGAUGACGAGAAGGAAACUCAGAAGAAAAGGGAGAUUCGCAUUGAAAGGACUGAUGAAUUUGGGAGAAUUUUAACUCCUAAGGAAGCCUUUCGAAUGAUUUCUCAUAAGUUCCACGGUAAAGGACCUGGAAAAAUGAAGCAAGAGAAGCGUAUGAAGCAAUAUCAAGAAGAAUUGAAGAUGAAGCAAAUGAAGAGUUCCGAUACACCAUCACUGUCUGUGGAGAGGAUGCGGGAAGCUCAAGCUCGUUUGCAGACCCCCUAUCUUGUUCUCAGUGGUCAUGUUAAACCAGGACAAACUAGUGACCCAAAAAGUGGUUUUGCAACUGUUGAGAAGGAUCUUCCUGGUGGCUUGACACCUAUGCUUGGGGAUCGUAAGGUAGAGCAUUUUCUGGGAAUUAAGAGGAAAGCUGAGACAUCAAGCUCCGAUAACCCAAAAAAGCCUAAAUCAUAAUUCCUUGGUAUACUAAUAUCCCUGUAAGCUUAGAAGUUGGACCCAUAGUGUUCAUCUAUUCUGUUGCUGACUGCUAAAGAUUUGUAGCUGAAUUUAUAGUGCUAAUUUCGUUAGUAAAACUUGAUUUUCUUGAAAGAUGUAUGUUGGUAGAAAUUUAAAGAGCUAGCAAGAUCAAUACCAGUGGUUGAAAUUUUCUCCAUUCUACGCGGUCCAGAAUGUGCGAUUCCUUCUGUACAAAUAAGAGUUUAUUUUCAAUGUAUUAAUUAAAAUUUUGGAUU